GAGCGUUCAACCCGCAAUCGCCUCGCUGUCAAUACCCCACUGUCAUCCUCGAUGAGGUUAUUUCUUUUGAGCUGUCGAUAUGCCUUCAAUUUUCUGUACCUCGCUAUUAACUGGAGACAUUUCUAAACCAAUCCUCCACGUAGAAGCUCGUGUCAAGAGCGAUGGAGAGAAUGUCAUUAUCCGUACAGACGUCGUGGGUCUUCUACAGCGCGAUACCAUUCUCUGUAUCAUGACACUUACGAGCAUUCAGAUUAGAGAAGAGAUCAGUAAAUGGCUGGUCGAGAACUUUGCAGUGCUGUCUUUGGGCCAGGAGCUGCGCUCGUUCGAUGACCUUAGGGAAUCACACGCUCAAGUUCUCGAUUCCAUCAAGGUUACUGAGUGCACUGGAGGCCAACUGGAAUCAGGAGCAUACCGCUUGGAAGAUGUCCAGCUGGAUGUGCAGGCGUACCAGCUACGAGGUUCCGCAGAACUGGAGAGUUCUCAACAAACUAUGAGACUAGGAGAUAACGGAGAGGAUACAGGGCCUCAAGCUAGAGUUGUUGCUCUGCCGAAUAAAGAGUUGGACGGUAUCUGGGAGUCUCUAUUGUUUGAACAACAGAUUCCAUCGACUCUGCUACGAGCACUUAGCCGCAUGGUUUCAAUGUCCGCUCGUCGUUUAGACGCAUGGACGAUCAAUUGGAAUCGCCUCGUUCUCCUCUGGGGACCUCCAGGCACAGGAAAGACAAGUCUAUGUCGUGCCCUUGCUCAGAAACUUGCAAUUCGACUCGGGAAGCAAUUCCCGCAGAGCAGGUUGAUUGAGAUAAAUGCCCACUCGUUAGCCAGUAAAUAUUUCGGCGAGAGCGGAAAGCUUGUAAGCAAGAUGUUCGAUCAUAUCGAGUCUAUGCUGGAGGAAGAAGAGGAUACACUGGCCUGCGUCUUUGUGGACGAAGUCGAGACACUGACAGCCAAAAGGGAGCAAGCUCUCCAGGGGAAUGAGCCGUUUGAUGCCAUGCGUGCAGUUAAUGCGCUGUUAACAGCGCUGGACCGCUUGAGACACCGUCCGAACGUGGUCGUGCUCUGCACGAGCAACUUGAUUGCAGCAUUGGACGACGCGUUUCUUGAUCGAGUCGAUAUAAAACAGUUUAUACCAAAGCCGCCAUCAAGAGUAAUUUACGAGAUUUACAAGAGCUGUCUGGAGGACCUGAGUAGAUGCGGUGUGAUCGAGGGGAAAGCAUUCGAUGUGAUACAGACCGUUCCUGACGACAUAUGUGCACCCCUUGAAUACAUCGAGCAGAACGCAGACGUACUGCUGCUUCCAGGAUAUGAUGAUAUGCUGCUGAGGUAUCAGAUGUUCCCGGAUUCUAUUCCCAAGCAGCUUGCAGAUGCUGCAAGUGCCAGUCAAGGGCUGAGCGGCCGUACACUGCGUAGACUGCCUGCUCUGUCGCUGGUACUGCAUACACACUGGGCGACUUGCACGAUUCACGAGGCGGCUGCGGCGCUGCGGAAGGGCAUUGCAGCGGAACAGCGGCGGGCGUCUUCCUCCACAUCCGGCACUGAGGCCGCCAGCUCCCCCUUCUAUCUCACACUCACGGCCACCGCUGCGACGCUCGCCACGAUCGGUUCGACCGCAUGGUACUACCAUCUCUAUGGCCAGGAGGCCUUUGCAAUGACACCUGCUGAGGAAGGAUUGCACGCGACUCAGUACCCGUGGGAGCACCAGAAAUGGACAAAGACCUUCGACCACCAGGCUCUGCGCCGCGGUUUCCAGGUUUACCGUGAAGUUUGCUCUUCCUGCCACUCUCUGACCCGUGUCCCGUGGCGUUCGUUCGUCGGUGUCAUGCACACCGUUGACGAGAUGAAGGCUAUGGCCGAAGAGCACGAGUACGACACCGAGCCCAACGACGAGGGUGAGAUCGAGAAGCGCCCCGGAAAGCUGUCCGACUACAUCCCUCCGCCUUACAAGAACGACGAGGCCGCUCGUGCUUCCAACAACGGUGCUCUGCCCCCUGAUCUCAGCUUGAUCGUCAAGGGCCGUCACGGUGGCUGCAACUACAUCUUCUCCCUUCUGACCGGUUACCCCGAUGAGCCCCCAGCGGGUGCCUCCGUCCAGGAGGGUCUGAACUUCAACCCUUACUUCCCUGGAACUGGUAUUGGUAUGGCCCGUGUCCUUUUCGACGGCCUCGUUGAGUACGAGGAUGGCACCCCCGCCACCACCUCCCAGAUGGCCAAGGACGUUGUUGAGUUCCUGAACUGGGCUGCUGAGCCCGAGAUGGAUGACCGCAAGAAGAUGGGUCUCAAGUCUCUGACCAUCCUGACCGGUCUCUUCGCCCUGAGCGUCUGGGUCAAGCGCUACAAGUGGGCCCCAAUCAAGACGAGAAAGAUCAUCUACAACCCCCCCGUUGGCAGAAAGUAAGGUUGGAGAACGUCUCGAUCGGAUGAUAUGCGGAAACGGGAGGGUAUGAAGGAGAUAUCCUAGCCUGCGUUCCAUUCCCCCCGUUGGCUGGGUACUGUCGACUUCCGCCCUUCAUUGGCCAUUGUUACUACUUGUCUGUCUACCUGUUUUUAUCUGAACCUACUCAGAAACGCUUGUAUCUGUACCCUAGAUAUCUCCUUUGAAAAUCUGUUCGAAGAAAGCCAUUUCCUUUGUCAGAAAGAAUUCCGUUUCUGUUUUUCAAUUCUCGAUCGCGUAUUCCUGGUAUAUGGCUGCCUUUAUGGGUGGAAGUUAGGUGCACUCCUGUCGGAUGCGUCUUGUGAAAAAUGCAAUGUAGAAACAUGUGGUACUUCUCAAGAGCGUCCCUUAAGUCGAGGUAUAAAGGUGAAGAUACACGGCCUUCGAUGCACACUAACCCGAGCAGCGACACGGUAAUGUUAUUUGAACAAACCAUCACUAUCAUUGCAUUGAUACUUCA